AUGGGCAAUAAGCUGAGUUGCUCGUGUGCUCCGAUCCUCAGGAAAGCGUAUCGAUACGAGGACUCGCCGUGGCAGACGUCCAGGAGACGAGAUGGGCAUCUACUGCGGCUGUGGGCGGAGGUCUUUCAUGUAUCAGCUAGUGGCGCCGGCACAGUAAAAUGGCAGCAGGUGAGCGAGGAUCUUGUACCAGUCAACAUCACCUGCAUCCAGGACUCACCAGAAUGCGUUUUCCACAUAACGGCCUACAACUCCCAGGUCGACAAAAUAUUAGACGUGCGGCUGGUCCAGCCUGGUACAAGAAUAGGACAAGCGUCGGACUGUUUUGUUUAUUGGAAAGAUCCAAUGACGAAUGACACAUGGGGAUUGAACUUCACCUCUCCAAUAGAUGCAAAACAGUUUAGGGAAUGUUGUGUAAGUAUCAAAUUUGGUUACAGUAGAUUUUAG